AUGGCAGCCAUUGCAGAGAAUGUGUACAGAAAUUACACCUCAUACAGAUUACCAUAUGCUUUUAUUCAAGAAGAGAAAAUCAAGAAAACUAGAGCAAAAGAUCAAGGGAAGAGGAGAGAGAUCAAGAAUCCUGAAAUGGGGUGGGGUAAGAUUGAAAUCAAGAGGAUCGAGAACACCACAAACCGUCAGGUUACUUUCUUCAAGCGAAGGAAUGGUCUUCUCAAGAAAGCCUACGAAUUAUCUGUUCUCUGUGAUGCUGAAGUUGCACUCAUUGUCUUCUCAAGCCGCGACCGUCUGUACGAAUACUCCAACAAUAGGGAGGCUAACCUGCAUGACCACAUCAAUAAUCAGCUGUGGGUGGCUACUUCGCUUGAGGAGGUUCCUGAAUUGGUGCUUUACUUCCUUGGCCACACGACAUGCCUCCACAAGCUCCAGGAACUCAGGCUCAACGUUGUUGGUUCCAAGAAUCUUCUUGAGCACUGCCUUCCCUUUUUCAAGGUGGCCACGCUCUAUGAGGCUGUUAGGAGUGUCAACAACCAGAAUGGAGCCGAUGGUCAGGAGGAGGGCUGGGAUCCCAGCUAG